AGCUACACUCGGAUGCCAAGAGUCGGGAUCAACCAGAGCCAAUAUCUGGGCCGUGGAUGGAAGGAAUAGCAAGUAAACACUGCCGGUGACAGGGACACAGGACAAUGGCUUUUAUCGCAGAAAGUUGAUUUUAAGAAAGCUAAGGUUCAUUCAGGGCUGCGUAUUGGACAAGUGACAAAAAAAGAUGUGGUGCCACGCAGCCAUUAAUAAAGCUAUUGGUGAGAUUAAGCUGGUUUUGUUAGCAAGAAAACUCCAGAACUAUCGGCCCAGUGCCAGAUGGGGAUAGGGAGCAGACCCGUUGCAGAAGUUGGAUAUUCCUACAUACUUCUUCCUAGUUCCGAGUUGUUUUAAGGAAAUUACACCCAUGUCUUCUGAACUGUUAUCUCUUUUACUUGAUGUGAAUAUGCUAUAAAGGUAUUGGCUUUCCAGUUAAAACUAAAUAUAUCCCAGUGAUUAACAUAUAGUCCAUAAGUGAUAGGAACAGAAGUAGGCCAUUUGGCUCAACAAGUCUACUCCGCCAUUUGAUCACGGCUGAUCUGCCUUCCCCUGUUAAUCACAUUCUCCUGUCUUCUCUGACACCGUACUAAUCAGGAAUGUAUCUAUCUCUGCCAUAAAAAAUAUGCAUUGUCGGCCUCCACAGCCUUCUGUGGCAAUGAAUUCCACAAAUUCAUCACCUUCUGAAUAAAGAAAAUCCUCCUCAUCUCCUUCCUAAAGGAACAUCUUUUAAUUCUGAGGCUAUGUUCAAGUUGACCAAAGUAACAAGUUCACUUCCCAGGCUCCAUCCCAAGAUACAGCAAGUAUUUCACUGGAACAUUCCAGUGGCUUCUCCCCCUUUACAAAUUACUUGAUGUGUGGCAUAGUGCUGGGCAGUGGUGGCACACAGAAGCAUUGCUUUAACAAAGGCUGCGGUAAAUCUGGGCAACCAUCACGCCAGGCUCCAUUUCAAAUAAAGCUCAAAAUGCACAAUACCUGAUUAGCAAAAAAGUAAAACACUCUUUAAAAGAAACAAAAAAGAUUGUGGAUACUUUUCAAGGUAUGCCAACUGGAAGAAACCUUAGCAUAAGCUUUGGAAAAAGACACAAGGCUGCCCCAGUCAAAUCUUCACAGAUAGUUGAGUCAAGGACCAUCGCAACGUUUAAGAAGCAGUUAGACAGGUACCUGGAUAGGAUAGGUUUAGAGGGAUAUGGGCCAAAUACAGGCAGGUGGGACUAGUGUAGAUGGGGCAUGUUGGUCAGCAUGGGCAAGUUGGGUCAAAGGGCCUGUUUUCCCACUGUAUGGCUCUAUGACUAUGAACUGCCGGGCCGACUGCUCCCUCGCGCCCAGUUGCUGCUGAACAACCGCUGACCGUGCCCCUUGCAGCCUCUCCACAACGUUGAGCGCCCACUCACCUGCUUCGCCGCCUCCACUCUGCGGUUCUCCGGUGCCAUCCCCGGUUAAUUCCACAGUCACUUCCCCGGUGAAAGGAGAUGCAGAUUUAUACCGCACACGUGCCGGACAGGUCUGUAGGCCACCCCUUAGAUAUGGAGAUUUUGUAUAAACACUUAUAUGUCUAUGCAUGCGUUAUUAGCGUUUCAGGUACCGUAUUAUUUAGUCACCACGUAUCAAUGUGUUUCUGCUUAUUGGCUCACAUUUUAGUUGUGCUUUAUUUCAUUUCUCCAAGGAAAGAUGUAGAUUGGUUACUUACACUAACAAAUUGUAGUGCUUUAUUAGUAAAGCUCCGCCUACCAUGCAGUUUAUAUUAUCAGAAUUCAGUUCAUACUGUUAGUCGAAUAUGCUUGCCUUAACAAUAUGCUGCAGUGUACUGGGAGUUAACUUUAAUACAGAUGUUGUAUAAUGUUGUGCGAGUGACCGACUCUUUUACUGUAAUCGUAUUCCCCUUGCUUAACAAAAUGUAUGGUUCAUACACCAAAUCUUAAACAUUUACGUGAAUCCUUGCUUUAAAAAUGAAGACAAGCUCUGUACUGUAUUACCAGUGUACUGUAAUACUGCAUAUAGUUAAUUUCACAUGCCGGUAAAAUGUAGACUUUGUAGACUUUUAUAACAUCUUACGGUGCAAUGAUUAAUUUUGAAUUGAAGGAGACUGCAGAAUAUAUGAAGUUGUAGUGGCCUGGUCAAGGUCAGGAAAAGACCGGACGCCAGGCGGAUUCAAAAGAAGCUUUUUAAUUACCACAGUUCACGAACACACACCGACACUCUUAUCUCUACCCCUGGGGAGUCGACCGGUAAACCCCGUGGCAGACCUACGCCCCCGUCCCUCAAUCGUCGAGGGGGAUGAUCCAAGGAGUGGCCUACCCCCCAGGGACCGCCACAAAGUAAUCCGGACAAUGGAAGUUUGAGUGUAUACUUUAGUUGCAGUACAUGGGUGCAUGACUAUUGAUACUGGUACUGAGGUCUUUGGUUACACCCACCACAAGGCCCUGGUCACAACUGAUUCACCACUCUCUGUGUAAAAAAUGUUUUUAGUGGUGGAGGUGUAGGGUACGUAUUGUCUGUGGCUGGGUGGGGUUUACAUGUUUAGCCUGAGUAGAUGUCUAGUUGGAUUGCCAUCCCACUGCAUUCCACUGCUCCCUGAAUAAUAUAAGUUCAUAAUUCUCAAGAGCAGGAUUAGUGCAUUCCACCCAUUGAGUCAUAGAAACAUAGAAAUUAGGUGCAGGAGUAGGCCAUUCGGCCCUUUGAGCCUGCACCGCCAUUCAAUAUGAUCAUGGCUGAUCAUCCAACUCAGUAUCCCGUACCUGCCUUCUCUCCAUACCCUCUGAUCCCCUUGGCCACAAGGGCCACAUCUAACUCCCUCUUAAAUAUAGCCAAUGAACUGGCCUCAACUACCCUCUGUGGCAGAGAGUUCCAGAGAUUCACCACUCUCUGUGUGAAAAAGGUUCUCCUCAUCUCGGUUUAAAGGAUUUCCCCCUUAUCCUUAAGUUGUGACCCCUUGUCCUGGACUUCCCCAACAUCGGGAACAAUCUUCCUGCAUCUAGCCUGUCCAACCCCUUAAGAAUUUUGUAAGUUUCUAUAAGAUCCCCUCUCAAUCUCCUAAAUUCUAGAGAGUAUAAACCAAAUCUAUCCAGUUUUUCUUCAUAAGACAGUCCUGACAUCCCAGGAAUCAAUCUGGUGAACCUUCGCUGCACUCCCUCUAUGGCAAUAAUGUCCUUCCUCAGAUUUGGAGACCAAAACUGUACGAAAUACUCCAGGUGUGGUCUCACCAAGACCCUGUACAACUGCAGUAGAACCUCCCUGCUCUUAUACUCAAAUCCUUUUGCUAUGAAAGCCAACAUACCAUUCGCUUUCUUUACUGCCUGCUGCACCUGCAUGCCUACCUUCAAUGACUGGUGUACCAUGACACCCAGGUCUCGCUGCAUCUCCCCAUUUCCCAAUCGGCCACCAUUUAGAUAAUAGUCUGCUUUCCCGUUUUUGCCACCAAAAUGGAUAACCUCACAUUUAUCCACAUUAUACUGCAUCUGCCAAACAUUUGCCCACUCACCCAGCCUAUCCAAGUCACCUUGCAGUCUCCUAGCAUCCUCCUCACAGCUAACACUGCCCCCCAGCUUAGUGUCAUCUGCAAACUUGGGAGAUAUUGCCUUCAAUUCCCUCAUCCAGAUCAUUAAUAUAUAUUGUAAAUAGCUGGGGUCCCAGCACUGUGCCUUGCGGUACCCCACUAGUCACUGCCUGCCAUUGUAAAAAGGACCCGUUUACUCCUACUCUUUGCUUCCUGUUUGCCAGCCAGCUCUCUAUCCACAUCAAUACUGAACCUCCAAUGCCAUGUGCUUUAAGUUUGUAUACUAAUCUCUUAUGUGGGACCUUGUUGAAAGCCUUCUGGAAGUCCAGAUACACCACAUCCACUGGUUCUCCCCUAUCCACGCUACUAGUUACAUCCUCGAAAAAUUCUAUAAGAUUCGUCAGACAUGAUUUACCUUUCGUAAAUCCAUGCUGACUUUGUCCAAUGAUUUCACCACUUUCCAAAUGUGCUGCUAUCCCAUCUUUAAUAACUGACUCUAGCAGUUUCCCCACUACUCUCAACAUUUAAUAAUGGCUGAUCCAGGAAAAUUGGGCAAUAGCGUUUUUGUUCAUUUUCCCACCUCAUGUCUCAUGCUUGGUCUCGCAUAAAAUCCACCUGCUCAUUCCCAUUUCUAUGCUGAUCUGUAUGUAAUUAAUAUAUUACUUACGCUAUUUCAAACGAGUGACGUUGACUCAAUCCAUGUCUUUUUUCACUUGAUUUUUUCCAAGAUCGUAUCUCCGGUCGCUCUGCGGCCUAACAUCAUGGACCUGGCGGCCUCGCUCGACACUGAUUGGGAAGAGAUUGAUCUUUUUUUUUCCGCCUUCCAUCACAGUGAGGAAUGUGCAGGAGUCACUGUGGUGGAUGUUUAUGUUAAAAUGUGUUUUGUGUGUUUUGUUGCUUUUUAUUGGUAUGACUGUAUGGCAAAUCAAAUUCCUCGUAUGUUGCAAAACAUACUUGGCUAAUAAAGUGAGAUUAUGAUUAUGAUGAUGAUUAUGAUCAGGCAAUGUUCAGCGUGAAUGUUCUGCACAUGCUGUUGGAGAAGGGCAUGAUGGAGUUAUCCACACAGACUCUCAAAACCAUUUGGCAGAAUCGUCAUCGUCAGAACGCACCAACAAGCACCAAGUCCUUGCCUGCUAGCAAUGUGAGGGACCCUCCACAUCAAAUACUUCAUGCACGAUCGGAGUCUCACUCCCAAUACACAAUGCCCUAGACAUGGCUGACAUGAGGAUGGGACAGUUGGGCACCUCUUUGUUGUGCUGACAACAUGAACGUAGCAACGUGUUUUUCUUUGUAUUUCUUGUAUAUAAUUUACAUAUAAAGUUUAUUUUUGAAAUUAAAAAACGUCUGAGGCAUUCUUUCUGCAGUUCUGGUCAACGUUCUCAGGAGUCAUUGCACAUUACCUGGUUGCAACCCUAAGCACACUGGUUGUGAGCUUGAUUGGCUGUACUGACUUGCCGCUGGUGUAGGUUCAAUGUAUAGUCAGCUGGUAAGUGAAGUAGGAGAAGCAUUGGACAUAUGAGAGUGACUGAGUUACAAGAACAAUAAGUAGAAUUUAGUUUAGUUUAGAGAUACAGCACAAAAACAGGCCCUUCGGCCCACCAAAUCUGCGUUGACCAGUAAUCCCCACACACGAUCACUAUCCUAGGGACAAUUUACAUUUACACCAAGCCAGUUAACCUACAAACCUGUACGUCUUUAGAGUGUGGGAGGAAACCUGAGAUCCCAGAGAAAACCCACGUAAGUCACGGGGAGAACGUAAAUCUCCGUACAGACAAGCACCCGGAGUCAGGAUCGAACCUGGGUCUCUGCGCCGUGAGGCAGCAACUCUACCGCUGCGCCACCGUGCCGUGAUGGAGGAACAAGUGGAGGAAUGUGCCAACUCGUGGCUUCCUUUGGCGUUGUGAGAAAUAUUUGAAUCAAUGAAAACCUAUACCCAUGUGAUUCUUUUAUCACUGAAGUAACAUUAUGCAGAAUCUUAUCAAACACCAUCCUGUUGAUUAAAGUGGAAAUGCAAAAAAAAAAAUGCCAACCAACUGUUUGAAAAGCCUCUAACUGCAACACAGAAGAAAUGUCUCAGCUACCCAGCUCCACCGGUGGCAGAUUACCAUAAGUAUGUAGCAACACUAUAUCUCCAAUUCAAAUUAUAUACCGGAAAUGGCACAAAAAAAACUCAAUGUUUCCAAGUAAAACCUUUUGAUUCCAAGCUUAAAUUCAAGAUUGAAACGUAACCUUUUUUCUAACUCUCAUUACAUUCAACAGACGCAGAGCAGAGUUGAUGACACCAAGUGGGUGUAUAGAACAAGCUGCCAGAAGAGGAAGUUGAGGCUGGGACUGUCCCAUCGUUUGGGAAACAUGGAUAUACAGGUUCGGAGGGAUAUGGACCAAGCGCAGUGUGUGGACCAAGGACUAGUGUAGCUGGGACAUUGUUGGUUGGUGUGGACGAGUUGGGCCGAAGGGCCUGAUUCCACACCGUAUCACUAAAUCAUCGUGUUUAGCUGUGACAAGUGGUUUGUGCUCUAUUACUAAAGUGGAAGUUGCUCUGCUGGGUAUUGCUGCAACAAACAGCGUGCUUAAGCAUUGACAUUCCUGUUACUGGUCUCUAUGAUUAAUCACUGGGGGAUUACCAACUCUCCAUAUAGGACUUAUUGCUCCGUGUCUUGUUCACAGGGAUUAUGCAAAAUUGCAUGAAAACAGUGCCUGAAAGUGUUAAAGUAUUUAAGAUCGUGCUCUUCAGUCUGGUUUUUAUCGUCGGAAUAAUACUGAAUGCUCUGGCCUUGCGAACAUUCUGCUGGAAAUUAAGAAAUUGGACUGAAACCACUAUUUACAUGACAAGCCUUGCAGUAUCAGACCUCAUGGUGCUUGUCACCUUGCCUUUCAAAAUUUACAGCCAAUACGGCAAUCUGUCAGAAGUGUUUCUCUGUAAGUGUGUAAUCAUGUUGGGCAAUCUAAAUAUGACUAUUAGCAUAGUUAUUAGUACUUACAUAUGCGUAGAUAGAUACAUUGCUAUAAAACAUCCUUUUAAAGCCAGGGUAUUGAGGUCACCAAAGAAAGCAGCCUUGGCAUCUGCAGGAGCCUGGAUCGGUACAAGUUUGGUGAUAUUGCCUUUCACAUUUUCGACAAUCGUACCUGAUGAAAACCUCAGCGCACCUUGCUUCAAUCCAGAUAUGAGUAAUUCAAUUCUUUAUUUUAUUUUUGUUGUAGUAAUAUUUUUAAUUGUCCCACUGAUCACUGUGACCUAUUGCUCAGUUCAAAUUAUUCAAACGCUUCUAAAAAGACCCAUGUCCAUUGCACCAGCCUUUAACACAAAAAGAACAAUACAGAUUAUUGCUGCAAAUGCCGUCAUCUUUGUAUCUUGCUUCAUGCCCUACAACAUAGCAUUCAUUGUUGAGGUUGCAGCGAUGUUAAUGGAUGCUGACUGUACUGUGCAGAACCAGUUAUAUUCAUUCUCACAUAUUGCACAUUCUAUAACCAAUAUCAACUGCUGCCUUGAUGCAUUUAUCUUUUAUUUUGUUACUGCUGAUGCAGCUGAAUAUGACCAGAAUCAAUCAAAAAAUAAUGGCCACAAUCAAGCUACUCUUCAGAUUGAAUUAUGAAGUUCUGAUUAUUGAUGAAAUAUCAACUUCAACAUUGAAUUCCCAUCGCAUGUAAUUCAACAUAAAAUAACAUAUGAAAAAAUUCCACUAUGAUAUCUAUACGCUCUGCUUUGGUAUUUCCUUUAAAUUAUAUAUUUUUGGAAAUGUUGGUAGAAAUGUAACAAUUUUGUCAUUCUCGUACAUUUAAAUAGUUUGAUAAUUAAUUACUUGCUAAUAAAUUGCUAAUUUAAUCUGUUUUUCAGCGUGUUAAAUCUGUAAAAUGCGAAGAGAAUGGGUUUAGUACGGGUGCCAGGCAGGAGAAUGGGGUUGAGGGGGAAAGAUAGAUCAGCCGUGAUUGAAUGGCAGAGUGCACUUGAGGGGCCAAAUGGCAUAAUUCAGCUCCGAGAACUUAUGAACUUAUAAGAACAUCUGAUCAAAACCUAAACCAGUCUUGGAACUUAGGACAAUGUCUGUCAUUGACAUAGAUGUACUCCUAUGUUUAAAAAUGGUCAGUGAUAGUCUGGGAGGAGAAGGGGAUAGAGGUGAUUACCCAGGCCAGAGAUGGAUAGAAAAAUGUUGAAGCAGUAGCCACCAGUGUUGAAGGAAUGCAGAGUACCUGCAGUGUUGCAGAGUCUGUAUGAUGUGAGAAAAUGAGAGGCCAAGUGCAGACCUGUUGCAGAAGUUUCUUUGAUUAUGGUAAUUUAAGUAAAAGUAGAACCAUGCAAGCCAAUCCCAAUCAGGUAGACAUCAAAGGAAUGUGGGAGAAGAAUGCUACGGUUGAUCAUGAUAAAGGAUACAGAGGAAGGAGAGUGUUUAUUGCAGGCUGUGGUCACGUGUUGGAUUGAUGAAGUCCUUUGAGUGCAGUCAUGAAGCAGAAACCUGGAUGCAGAGAUCAUGCUUUAUUCUUUGGAGCGCAGAAGGUUAAGGGGGGACUUGAUAGAGGUCUUUAAAAUAAUGAGAGGGAUAGACAAAGUUGACGUGGAUAAGCUUUUCCCACUGAGAGUAGGGAAGAUUCAAACAAGGGGACAUGACUUGAGAAUUAAGGGACAGAAGUUUAGGGGUAACAUGAUGGGGAACUUCUUUACUCAGAAAGUGGUGGCUGUGUGGAGUGAGCUUCCAGUGAAGGUGGUGGAGGCAGGUUCGUUUUUAUUAUUUAAAAAUAAAUUGGAUAGUUAUAUGGACGGGAAAGGAAUGGAGGGUUAUGGUCUGAACGCGUAUAUGGGACUAGGGGAGAAUACGUGUUCGGCACGGACUAGAAGGGUCGAGAUGGCCUGUUUCCGUGCUGUAAUUGUUAUAUGGUUAUUAUAUUUAUAUGCCUUCACGAGUUCUCUAAACACCGAAGAAGCACAAAUCUAAGCAAUAUAUCUUGGAAAGUGAAUUUAUUAUUGAUUUAUUCUCUUCAAAGUGAAUUGACUUAAAAACCUACUGCAAAACUAGUCACAUAUGCGACAUCCUUUGCAUAAAGAUAUUCUGAUUCAGGAAGGAAAUGUGAAGAGUUUGCUGGGGCAUCUUAGUGUGUAUUAGGAUUGCCCACCAUACUUGUUCCUAGUUCCGGGUUGGUUCAAGAAAUUACACCCAUGUCUUCUGAACUGUUAUCUCUUUUACUUGAUGUGGAUAUGCUAUAAAGGUAUUGAUUGUCCUGUUGUAACUAAAUAUAUCCCAGUGAUUAACAUAUAGUUCAUAAGUGAUAGGAGACAUAGAAACAUAGAAAAUAGGUGCAGGAGUAGGCCAUUCGGCCCUUCGAGCCUGCACCGCCAUUCGAUAUGACCAUGGCUGAUCAUCCAACUCAGUAUCCCAUCCCUGCCUUCUCUUCAUACCCCCUGAUCCCUUUAGCCACAAGGGCCACAUCUAACUCCCUCUUAAAUAUAGCCAAUGAACUGGCCUCAACUAUCUUCUGUGGCAGAGAUUUCCACAGAUUCACCACUCUCUGUGUAAAAAAUGUAAAAAAUGAAAGUAGGCUAUUUGGCCCAUCAAGUCUACUCCAUCAUUAAAUCAUGGCUGAUCUGCCUUUCUCUGUUAACCCCAUUCUCCUGCCUUCUCCCCAUAACCACUGACACCGUAGUAAUCAAGAAACUAUCUAUCUUUGCCAUAAAAAUAUCUAUUGACUUCUUGGGCAAUGAAUUCCACAAAUUCAUCACCCUUUGAUGAAAGACAAUCCUGCUCAUCUCCUUCCUUAAGGAACAUCUUUUAAUUCUGAGGCUAUGACUUUCCCACCAGUGAAACAUCUUCUCCACAUCUACCUUCUCCACUAUUAGUCAUUCAUGUUUUAUUAACUAGUUCAAGUUGACCAAAGUAACAAGUUCACUUCCCAGGCUCCAUCCCAAGAUACAGCAAGUAUUUCACUGGAACAUACCAGUGGCUUCUCCCCCUUUACAAAUUACUUGAUGUGUGGCAUAGUGCUGGGCAGUGGUGUCACACAGAAGCAUUGCUUUAACAAAGGCUGCGGUAAAUCUGGGCAACCAUCACGCCAGGCUCCAUUUCAAAUAAAGCUCAAGCAAGUGACCUGAGGGAAAAAGUCCAAAAUGCACAAUACCUGAUUAGCAAAAAAAUAAAACACUCUUUAAAAGAAAGAAAAAAGAUUGUGGAUAUUUUUCAAGGUAUGCCAUCUGGAAGAAACCUUAGCAUAAGCUUUGGAAAAAGACACAAGGCUGCCCCAGCCAAAUCUUCACAGAUAGUUUAAGAAGCAGUUAGACAGGUACCUGGAUAGGAUAGGUUUAUAGUUUAUAGGGAUAUGGGCGAAAUGCAGGCAAGUGGGACUAGUGUAGAUGGGACAUGUUGGUCAGCAUGGGCAAGUUGGGUCAAAGGGCCUGUUUUCACACUGUAUGGCUCUAUAACUAUGAACUGUGAAGAUGAUUUUGUCAUCUCUGCAAUGGGACUAUGUGAAACUCUUUCUCUCUCUCUCUCUCUUCCUUCCCUACCCCUCUCUCUAUUCCUUUCCCCCUCAUCUCCCCCUCCCCUCUCUCUUGCACAGACAGACAGACACACACACACAGACACAGACAGACACACACAACGAUGGAUGUCCAUUUCCUUCUGCACAUGCUGCCUACCCGCUAAGCUGCUCCAGCACUUUUUUUAAAUUCAGAUAGUGAAUCUGCUAUUGCAAUUUAUAACCACUUCCCACAGACAUUUACAGACACAGACACAUUCAUGCCUUUCUCCUCUUCUCACCCCCCUGCAUCAGUAAGCAUUUUAAAUCUCAAACCUUACCCAGUUUUGAUUAAAAGCAAAUGAAACUGAACAUUAAAUCUGCUUCUCUCUACACAAAUAUUGCCAUUGUACCAAGUUUGUCCAACAUUGUAUGUGGCUGUUAAGUAUUUCCAUUGCGUCUUCAUUUGUCUGUAUACUCAGUGCCUCUUGUACUUAUGCUGUGUGGUAACUUCUUGAUGCAGACAUUUUAGACUGGUUUCCUGUUUUAAAAAAACAUUUCAACUAAAAGGGGAAAUAGAUCUAGGAGAUCACAGCUGAUAAGAUCCUAGACAGAACAGUGAACAAACCCCCCUUCAUCGUACAGAGGUAAUGAGGUAAACACCCACCAGUCGGUCCGUGGGAUCAGAACCCAUUACCAAGCAAACCUGCAAGGAUUAUUGUUUGUGAGCCAGUAGGAAGCAUCACAAGGAUUGAUGGCCUAAUGCAUCCUAAUCAUCACAUGAUCAUUAUCCUAAUGAAGCCACGCUAAGAAAGCCUGUUUUUAGCUUUAUGUUCAGUCUUUUGUCUUGUAGUUAUAGUCUGCAGCAUUUUAGCCAUCGUGUCACCCCGGUCCCUCCUCUUCUCCCCUUUCCCAUCAUGAAGUUUAAAAACACAUAUCUCCAGAUUCAGGAACAAUUUCUUCCCCGCUGUUAUCAAGCAACUGAACUGUCCUCUCACCAACUCGACACGGUCCUGACCUUCCUUCUAUCUCUUCGCUGACCUUUGAACAAUCUUUAAUCGGAGUUUAUCUUGCAAUAAACGUUAUACCUUUUAUCCUGUAUCUGUAUACUGUUGGCGGCUUGAUUGUAAUCAUGUAUAGUCUUUCUCGCUAACUGGACAGCACACAACAAGAAGCUUUUCACUGUA